GGGGAGGGCGCAAUUCGAAGCACUUUAAUUAUUUGAUAACCGAUUAUUUUUGAGAAAAUAAUAUAAAUUGUGUAUAAAUGCCAGCGCCCAACGCCAAUUCACGUCAGCUAUGUUACGAAGCGAGAGAUAAAUAUUAUGAAUGCAGAGAUAAAAAUCCUGACAAGACCGAAGUUUGCGAAGAAUUUAGAAAAAUGUUUGAGAAAUCCUGUCUGCCUUCUUGGGUAAGCAAAAAUUACGGGGGGGGGGGGAUUGGUAAGCCUUACCACAGCACAGACCAUAGUUUGCAUCAAUGGAUGAACACUCAACAACUGCAGAUAAAAACAUUGAUGUUUUUAUCUGCAGUUGUUGACAUCUAACAGGGUUCAAAAGUCAAUAUCACUCCAGUUUAUGUAGAGGUCACCACCCAUUGUAGGCAUUUUGGGUGGAUAUGGCUCACCACCCCCACACCACAGAAUACUACACAGAAGUCCAUUUCCAUUGUUUUUUGCGUAAGCGUUAUUCGUCAUGAUUCGUCACUCAGCAAGUACCGUAAACAGAAGCAGUCACCCCCCUGGAAAUACUAAAAAUGGCACAUGUCCAGGGGGGUGACUGCUUCUGUUUACGGUACUUGCUGAGUGACGAAUCAUGACGAAUAACGCUUACGCAAAAAACAAUGGAGAUGGACUUCUGUGUAGUAUUCUGUGCCCACACAUUUCAAAUACAACACCUGCUUUGCAGGCUACAUUGAAAUGGCAACAAACAUGUUAGGGGAUUACUAUGAUUGUAUGUUACUAUUUACCUCAUCAGCAGGCCAGUGGCUGUGUUGUAUUGCACAUACAAACUUAAGCCGAAGGCAAGGGUUUGUAUAUCCGAUACAACACGGGCAUGAAUGUUGUUAAUGGCUUGUGAAACAUCUUGAUGAGAACAUUUGUAUUCUUCAUCAAAAUAAAUGAUUGAUAUUCGGUAAAGAAAAUUGAACUUAAAUGAGAUCGAUGAAUGUAAUCAGCAUGAUUUUGUAUCAGAUAUACAAGCUCCUUCACGCUCAUGAUUUCUUUUGUGUUUUCUUCAUGAAUUAUUAAUGAGUUUCACAACAAAGUAUAUAAUGCACUCUCCCAAAACUAAUUUAGAGUGAAUUUUUUGUCAUUUAAUCAGGUGAAGCAUUUUGAUCGCAAAAGAGUCUAUGAAGAAUACAAAAAGAAAUUGAAUACUGAGGGAUAUAAAUUGACAGAUGAAUGAAAAAAAUAAACAUUUUUUAUGACAGAUCUGGCACACUUUGGCAGAGACUCAAUAUAUCACAUGCUUGCUGCUGUCAACUGCUCAUAUAUGAAACCUAAAAUCUAGUCUGUCAUGAAACCAUGUCAAGAGACUGAAAUAAGUCGUUUAAAUGUCUAAAGAUGAACAGAUGCAGAUAAAAGGAAGCUUUCAUGUUUGUAAGAGCAUUUGACAGUUUUAAUCUAAUCAGCUAAGAUGUGUAAAUAACAUCACACUGAUUGGCGGCAGAGCUAGUAUUGGAAGCUGUCAGUCAAAAGCUUUUGACAAACGUAAAAGUUCCACCCGAGAACAGACAAUGUAUUAAUCUGUGACUGUUUAUCCUUAGAUGCAAAUAACAGUAAAAUUACAGGUCUGGGCUAUGAAAAAUACGAUAUUGGAGAUCUAUGGCUACACAUUCCUCACUGAGAAUGAACUACUUAGUAUAUUUUACAUUAUAGCUGUACAGGAAAGAGUAAUAAAUAAAUAAAAAUCUUUAAAAAUAAUCAGAAAGUCUUGGAUCAGUGCGUAGUUUGUGUUCCAGCUGCAUGUAUUUUGGAGGAGCCAUCUCUUUAUGCCU